GCGCGAAGUGUCUUCAUGAACCCCAAGGAUGUCCGGGAAGCAUUAUAAGGGCCCUGAAGUCAGUUGUUGCAUCAAAUAUUUCAUAUUCGGCUUCAAUGUCAUUUUCUGGUUUCUGGGCAUAGCAUUUCUUGGAAUUGGACUUUGGGCAUGGAAUGAAAAAGGAGUGCUGUCCAACAUCUCCUCCAUCACCGACUUGGGAGGUUUCGAUCCCGUCUGGCUCUUCCUCGUGGUAGGAGGAGUGAUGUUCAUUUUGGGGUUUGCAGGAUGCAUUGGAGCCCUGCGAGAGAACACCUUCCUUCUCAAGUUUUUUUCAGUAUUCCUAGGAAUCAUUUUCUUCCUGGAACUUACGGCUGGUGUUCUGGCAUUUGUCUUCAAAGACUGGAUCAAGGACCAGCUGUACUUCUUUAUCAACAACAACAUCCGAGCAUACAGAGAUGACAUUGAUUUGCAAAACCUCAUAGAUUUUACGCAAGAAUAUUGGCAGUGCUGCGGAGCCUUUGGAGCAGAUGACUGGAACCUCAACAUUUAUUUCAACUGCACAGACACCAACGCUAGCCGAGAGCGCUGUGGGGUGCCCUUUUCCUGCUGCACUAAGGAUCCUGCUGAAGAUGUCAUCAAUACUCAGUGCGGCUACGAUGCCAGGCAAAAACCAGAAGUUGACCAGCAGAUUGUUAUCUACACGAAAGGUUGCGUCCCCCAGUUUGAGAAAUGGCUGCAAGAGAACCUCACUAUAGUGGCUGGCAUAUUCAUUGGGAUUGCAUUACUGCAGAUAUUUGGGAUCUGCUUGGCUCAGAACCUGGUUAGCGAUAUAGAAGCUGUCAGAGCCAGCUGGUAAACUCGCCGACACAAGCGGCACGAGACACCGGCCAGCCUCACCUCUCGGAAAGCUCCAGUGUGUCGCGUGGGCGCCAAGUCAUAUGGAAGUGGGUGACAGUGAAGUCUCGAGUUCUCAAAUGGCCGGAAGUGCCUCAGACCAUUGUUUAUUCCAGAGGGAACAGCUCCAGCCACCCGUUCGCCGACGAAAGCUUCCGAAAGCCCCAACCCGAACUUGUGUUGAGCUGCGACUCUCUGGCGCACCCUUGACUUGAGUCUCUGGUGGAUGCUCUUUUCUUCCUUUUUUUGUGGUAAAUGGCCUGUGUCAGUGAGACCUCAAUCGCCGCCUGGUUUACUGGGCCCCACUCUUCAUUCUCCGUGUCACAAGCCUGUCUGCCGCUGCCAAACGUGAGGCAAUUUCUCUCAUCAGUGCACACCAAAAGGAGCGGCGUGCCUUUUCAGCAGACGGGAGGCCUGGCGCUCCCUUCUGGAAGAGAACCUGUCAAAUAGAAAGCCACUUUCCCAGUCCUUGGCUCCUUCGCUUACUGGCAGGAAAUGAGGCUCCCCUUGGAAGCUCUGAUUAAGAUCUGCUCUGUAAUGCCCUCUGUUGGGGACCAACUGUGUGUAAUUAUUUUCCAGUCUCUCGCAACCUUGUCCCACAAGGGAGAAGGGGUGGGAUUUGAUGUCUUAAUCAACAGGUUUGAGGGGGAAUCUGCCGUUCUUGUCCUCCUUCACCACUGAGUUGGCAACAUGUAAGGGAGUUGGAGGAUGAAGUCUCGAACCAGCUUUUUAACUAAGAGAAUGGGAGGUGUGGUAAACAUAAGGGGGGGGGGGAAUACCCUACAGCGUACCAAAUUUCAUGAGUAAAAUGGUGGAAUUUGUGGAAUAGCCUUCAAUCUCCUUUUUGUUCUUGUAUUUGAGGCAGCUGUGCAGGAGUUCAAGGGAGCCCCUUGGGCAAGCCAUCUCCAGCCGGAUUGCUCACUUCCCUCCAUUUUUAUUUUUGCAUGUAGUUGCUAUAAUGAUCCUUAGGAGUCUAUUCAGUGUGACUUGUCUGGGUAUCUGUGGUUUCUGAGUAGGCUUCCAGUUCCAACUUGCAUAUUUAUUAGUGUAGAUGCGGAUGAGAUAAGAGGAUUCACAGCCCUUGUUUUGCAGUGAGAGAAAUGAUUUCACCUCUGUUCAAGUACCUCUGCAGACUGCUUGCAUCUCUUCUUUAAAAUCUCUCCCUCCCUCGUGUCUUUUUCUGUGAUUCAAAUAGCAGUAGUUUAUUUAAACAGAAUUUCUAAAGGCUUUAAAGAAAAACAAGUAAUAAUUCACAGCCUCUGUUUUCAGGGCAGGUGAAGACAUUAGGAUUUUGGAAGAAGCACAAUACAAAACUCCCUUUAGGACCACGAUCCUAAAUAGGUUAUUUUUUGUUCUUUUUUCUUUUUGCAUGGGCAUUCAGUUCUUUGUGAAUGUCUUUAGGGCCUGAGUAUAGGUAUUUAUGUUUGAUUUAGAUUUAAGCAUCAAUGAAAAGCGCAAAAGUUGAAGGUGCCAUCUACAAAAGAAUUGACUUCGGCAUCUCUUAUCAGGGAGAUGGCGUUCGACUAAGCCUGUUGCAUCUGGGGUGGGAGUGGGGAGGAAUCUGUUGAACUCUUUUCAUUAUCUGGCAGGGAUAACGUGCGUCUUAAGGUGGCGUGUGGGAAAAGUUAAGUUCCGGAUAACCGCUGUAAUUGUCGUUUUAGACACCUUAAUCGGAACCGAAUUCAAAACAACCUGCCUCUUUAUACAAGCCACCUCUUAGUUUUAGUGGAUGAUUGACAGCCUAAAUUGACCCCUUCCCCCAAAGCUGCCAUUAAAGCAGAGAAUGGGGGCCCCAUGACUUAUAAGUCCCUGACCAUUAGCCAUGCUGACCAGGCCUGGUGGGCGUUAGGAUGACAACAACCUCAGACUCACAGUCCCUUUAAAAAUAACAAUAUAUUUCCUCAGUAUUACCUCAUUCUUAAGAGACCCAGUGUGGCUGCCUUGAUCGAAUAUGGGACACUGGGGGUCCCCAGCGGCUAUCUGCAGUGGCUCUGCCAGGGGCAUAUAUAAAAUCUAUUCUCAUUGUCUCACAGUCCAGUGAGCCUCCAUUACCUCCUAAGCUUUGUUUGGGCUGCUGCUGAAGGGGAAGGAAACAAACCCCUUUUGCCCUGGAGUGGCAGAAUAGUGUUACGGACAAAAAAUGGCAAAGUUGUGGGAGAACUUCUGGGUUUGCAGAGCUGAAGAGGCCAUGCAUUCCAGAAAUGAGGCCAAAUGCCCAAGAGUGACAUGGACGUAUUCUGCCUGUAACAGUGAGUAUGCAGAGGAAACAUUCCUUGUGGCUUCUGCUGCUACUGUAGGUUUCUGAAUAAGAAUUUUUCCAUCCUUCUGCUUGAAGAUCAUCUACAUCCUUCACCAACUAGCUAGGUGUCCUCAAGAUAUUUUCGACAACCACUCCCGUCCGCCCCAGCCAGCACAGUUGGUGGUGAAAGCUGAUUUUGUUCUGGCUUCUCUCUGCUCCCCUUCCUUUGCCAAGCAUAAGUUUAUGUGACCAUUUGUAACUUGGUGGUGGGUUGUGUGUGUGUGUGUGUUUGGGUGACUCUUCCUUGUCGCAAUGCUAAAACUUUCUUGUUAACUUUCUGCCACCAUGUGGUGAGGCUUAUAAUGGCAACCUUUUCAUAAUUGCCUUGUGUAUUGGAAUUUCUGUAUGCUUGACCUAAAGAGUUGUUGUCUUCUUGGUCCCAGAAGGGAGUAAGCCUAGAAACUCAGAAAUUGUGUUGUGUUGCAUGCAUGGUUUGCAUGUCUCUAGGUCCUGGUGGAAACUGAGGAAUUCUAAUAACCUCCCCUCUUUAAUUCCUAGUGCCCUUUUUGCUGUUGCAAAGAGCUGAACGGUGUAGAUUCCAUCAGCUGUUUGGUGUGCGUGCUGCAGCUUUUAUAACCCUGGUUAAUAGCUCCUUCAGAUUCCAUAGGGAUGAGGCAUUUGCCUCUGAAAUUUGGAAUGUUUCGAAGAACUUUCAGACUCACUUUCUUAUGGCUCAUACACAUUUAAGCAAGCAGUGUGCACACUAUCUAAUGUGGACCUGUUCUCUCCACCCCACCUGAGUCCAUGACUGCAAAUCAGAUUUAACUGUCAGCAGGCCCCCAGCUGAAACAAUAAGAUGCUAUAAAAUGUGCGUAGAGAGAACUUAAUCGUUCACUUAUUAGGUUGAAAAACAAGUGUCAGAGAGCUGCCAAUUGAUUGAUUGAUUGAUUGAUUGAUUGUAUUUCUGUGAUGAAUGAAUUUCAAAGUGGCUUACAACCAAUAACCAUAACAUAAUAAAACCUAAUAGCACAUCGCGAAUACAGCAUACAUCAUAUACAAUAAUUAACAGAUUAUCAAUAAAACAGUUGCAACAACAACAACAAAAAA